AUGUCUCAUCAUUCAUUAUCGCAAUACGGUAAUUAUAUACCGACACCACCACAACCGCCACCAUCAUGGCCAAAUUAUUUUAAACAUUCAAAUAAUAAACGUCAACAUUUUUGCAAAACAAUCGUAAGAACUGUUGAUGAUGCAACCGCUCACUUGACAAAUAUUCAUAGAAUAGAGCAAACAACUAUUGAUUAUGAAAAUAAAACAAAAGAAGAAGAAAAAUCGAUACUUGUCGAAUCCAAAAUUGAUGAUGAUUUUUCCAAUAAAUAUGAUCAAAAAGAUUGUGAUGAUGGUGAUGAAUUAACAUCAUCACAAAAUCAUUUUCUUCAUGAUGAUACUGAUAGUGAUCUCUAUCAUGAACGAUUCAACAAUACUUUAUCAUCAUUCUCUAUUGAAUCGGAAAAUAAAUUGGAUAAUACAAUCGAAUUAUCAUCGGAUGUGGAAGAAAUAGAAGAAACAAUUGUUGAUGACCAUCAAUCAGCAGGAACGAUAUUUACAUUGACGAAUAAUAAUGAUGAUGAAGAUUUUUCAAAUGAAUAUGAUCAGAAUAUUGAAAAUGAAAAAUCGGAUGAUUUAUUCGAAGCAACAACCAAAUCGAAAACAACAAAUGAUCCUUUUACCAAAAAUAAUGAUAAUCAAAAAACUAUCGAAAAUUUUCCAAACGACGAAUCAUCAUCAUCAUCAACAACAAAUGAUCCUUUUACCAAAAAUAAUGAUGAUCAAAAAACUAUUGACAAUUUUUCAAACUACGAAUCAUCAUCAUUAUCAUCAUCAUCACAAUUAAUUAUUGAAUCAUCCGAAGUGGAAGAAGUAGAAGAAGCAAUUGUUGAUGACCAUCAAUCAACAAAUGAUGAAGAUAAUAAAACAAAGGAAAAAUCAUUAACGACAAGGUCGAAUUCAACUAUUGUCGAAUUUGAAUAUGAUCAAGUGAAAAAAAAAAUUAGUUCCUUUCUUGGCCGAAUUAUACCGUGGAAGUAAUUAUAAAAAUAUUCCACCUAAAUGUAAAGAUUGUUUUAAAAUAUUUAAAACCGUGAAAGAUUUAAG